CAGUUUGAAAUGAGGAGCAAGGUUGCUCGCAUGGCGUUUGGCGCUGGAUGAAAAUAAUGGCGGCAAACAAUUUUGCUUUGGUCAUUUUUGCUUCACUCUGCCUGGCAACAGAAAUAAAUUUGAUAACUGAGGAUCCAGCUAGAAAAGAAAACGGUGGAGCUCAAAGAAGGCAGAACAUCCAGCUACCACAGGAUUUGUGCACCAACUCUAAAUUUGAGAGAGUUUUGAAUUGCUGUCAACUUCCUACGAUUCUUUCUGCAGAAGACUUCCGACUUUGCAGAAUAGAAAGUGAGAUGUGGUUUCAACCGCCGGUGCGAAAGAAUAGACCGAAAAGAUUUUCAAAAACUUCACCUCUUGACAAUCCUCUAUUGAAAGCGUGUAUUGCAACUUGUGUUUUUAAAAGAAAUCUUUUUAUUUUGGAAACUGGAGAACUAGAUUUGAAUAUUAUUACAGCCGCAUUUCUUCGAAAUCAAACGAGUGAUGACUGGAAAAAAGUCAUUCCAAGUGGCGUCAAUAAAUGUUACAAUCAGUUUAGAAGUGUUUCAAAGGACAUACAAACGCCAUGCAACAUUGAGAAUUUCAUGUUCCUCACCUGCAUAAGACAAUAUUUAGUAGUGAAUUGCCCAGAAAGCUCUGCAGCUUUUACAAAAACAAAUCCCACAUGCGACUACAAUUUAAAACUACUGCAAACUUGCAACCCAUACAUUAGAGACCCGCGGAUUGAAGUUUAUCCACCGAUGAGGAGAAGAAAGAGAAAAACAACCACCAUGGCUUACGAUUAUUACCAAAAUUAGUAAAUUAUUUUUUAGUUUAUUGAAGAACUGUAAAA